AUGCCGAGAAACACAAAAACUGAGGAGAAUUUCGCAGGUUUAAAAGUGGUGUUAUGCAGUGAAGAAGAAGAUGAAGAAGAAGCCAGAAAACACUACAUAUUUUCGAGGAAUUUGAAGCUUAAUUCCUUAUUUAUUAGGCUGCAGUUGGACAUGGACGGCAAGGAAUUGACGGAGCACGAAACUGCCCUUUACGAUCGCCAAAUUCGGGUUUGGGGCGCGGAUGCUCAAAGAAGGCUGAGCAAGUCUCGUAUUCUCGUUAGUGGACUAAAAGGCACUGUGGUCGAGUUUUGCAAGAAUGUUGUGCUAGCAGGUAUAGGUAGUUUAACUUUGAAUGACGAUCGGAUGGUGACGGAGGAGUUAUUGUCAGCCAACUUUUUGAUUCCUCGUGAUGAAAAUGUGUAUGCGGGGAAGUCUCUUGCCGAGCUCUGUUGUGAUCCGUUGAAAGAUUUCAACCCAAUGGUUCAGGUUUCUGUUCAAAGAGGUGACUUGUCCAGCUUUGGUGUUGACUUUUUUAACAAUUUCGAUGCUGUAGUCAUCAGUUCUGGCUCACUUUCAACAAAACAAUCAGUUAAUAAGAAAUGUCGCAAAUUGUCAAAACGUAUUGCGUUUUAUACGGUGGAUUGCAGAGACUCCUGUGGUGAAAUAUUUGUUGACUUGCAUAAUUACGUCUACUCCAUGAAAAAAGGUGAUCAAAUGGCUGAAUGCCUUCUCGAAUAUCCUAGUUAUGAGGAAGCGAUUUCUGUCCCAUGGAAGUCUCUUCCCAGGAGAGUGUCUAAGCUGUACUUAGCCAUGAGAGUGAUAGAAAGGUUUGAGGAGGUCGAAAAUCGUACUCCUGGGGACACCUCCGCUGCGGAUUUCCCGAACAUUCAAAAGCUGAGGAAGGAACUUUGUGAGGCAAAUUCUGUGGAUGAAUCUCAAAUUCCGGAUUCCCUGCUCGAGAGAUUGUUACAAGGUAUAAAAGAAUUCCCACCUGUUUGUGCCAUCGUUGGGGGAAUACUUGGACAGGAAGUCAUUAAGGCAAUAUCAGGGAAAGGUGAUCCUUUGAAGAAUUUCAUCUUCUUUGAUGCCAUGGAUGGAAAAGGCAUAAUUGAAGAUAUAUCUAAACAGAAACGUGACGCGUAG